UAGACUAACAAUUAGUCCCAAAAACCCUAAAUUAGUCGACUUCAUCCUCUCAAACCGUAAAUUAGUCGUCUUCAUGUUACGCCGUCUUCCGCGUUUGUGGCGCGACGAUCAUCCUCUCAAACCGUCCCUCCGAUCAUCACAAUUGCAAAUACAAACUCCUCCACACCGUACACACCAACAUAUCAAGUUCCGACCUUUCGUACAACUGCAUCUUUCAGGAAGAAGACCAAGUCGGGAUAAGAGGCGUCACCAUUACCGAAGACCUUUUCAAAAUCGCGUCCACUGUCAUCAGAUCGAAUGUAACUACGCUCGAUAAGCGAAUCCUUCUGUUAUAGAAAAACGAAGGUACCUAACAAACAACAUCGCAAGAAAUCUCCGAUCAACGGCGAAUAUCCAACCUUACAUACCAAAUUACAGCAAAUCUGUCGAACUUUUCCUCCCGCACGUCAGAAAACUCUAGGGCUUGAUGAGACCGCCAUGGAACCUUCUAGAAUGACGCUGUACAGGUUCGGCAACGCCUCAGUCGUUAUCGACAUUUACCUGGAUUUGACUGGCUCAAGUGAACGCCCACCGUCAUGUCUAAAUUGUGUUGCCUAUAUGCAGGUUUCUCAGAGUUCAGAAGAGUCAGUUGACUGCAGCUCACCUGGGAAGCAGAUAACCCAAAGCAUUCAUCCACCACCUGCCUUUGGUUCAGCACCUAAUCUUGAAGCCCUUGCACUUGAAGCAAGUGGAAAUAAUUCUGUAAAUAGUCACACAGACAUUCCCAGAUGACAAACCAAAGCUUCUGAGUCAGUUGACAUUUGAGGUAUUUUCUGCCCCUCUUAGAUGUCUUUGUUGUUGAUGGCUACUCAUUAGAUGUUUUUGUUGUUGAUGGCUGGGCAUUUGAGGUGGAAGGCUUUGGAUUUUGCAAAGUUGGCUUGAAACCGCAAGUUCAAGAGGAGUAUCACCACGGGACAAUCCCAAGGUAUUAGUAAAGCCGGAGAAAACAUUUGAUAACGAUGGAAUCUACAUAUCAAACGUUGUGUACAAAGAAGUUUUAUGUGAUUAACAAGGGCUAGCGGAUGAAGCAACAUGAUUGCAGAUUGGUGUAGUUUAUAUAUUGGACAUGUUAUAAAUAUACAAAACUACAUGAUUGCAGAUUGUUGUUAUAAAUAUACAAAACUACAUGAUUGCAAAUUGUUGUAAUUUAUAUAUUAUAAAAUCAAGUAUGAACUGUAAGAUGAAAUUUUAAAUGUAUACUCAACUUUUGCUGUAUUGUAUGACUAUGCACCUAGCUAGAAACUCUCC